GCUUGCUUGAAGCCACUCAGUUUGCUUUCACUAGCCAACCAUUUAUCGUUGCUCCUCACAUCCCAUCCCACCCAAAGGCCCUCAGCAUCUCCCCAUUUUCCAAACCAACCUUUGCGCAAGUCCAAAUCAACAUGAUAAUUGCAACGACAUGCCUUGUGGUCACUUUGUUAAUUUUGAACCAUGGGCAAGUUGGUAACUCCCAUGUCGCCACCUUUCAUGAAGCAACUGACACGUUAAAAAGUGGUACCCCAAGAAUCUCCGUCGGCGAAAUGAAAGAUCGUUUGGAAUUCGAGGAGGGCUCCGGAAUAAUGGAAACAGAGCUAAAUGUUGAAGAAUGUCCCGGAAUGUUCAUUACAUAUUUUACCAUUACCGUGCAGAAUCCGAGUGGAUGUUAUGUUUUCCAGACAACGGGAUUCAACAAUGGGGGAUAUCCGAAUAAUACAGGACCUUUUUCUCCAUACUUUUGCGAUUACACCAUUGAGUUUGGGGCUACUGUAAAUGGAACAGUGACUGUUAAAGAAAAAGAUUUCCAGUUCCAAGAACCAAGUGGUGGAUCUUGCGAUGAUUCUGUAGCAAUUGUUGGUGUCAACGAUGAACAGCAAGAAAAUGACCUCGAUGACCAAAGUCAGGGUACAGAUGAAAUUUCAUAUUGUGGCACGAUUACAGAAGACAAGAUCCGCGAUUUCUCUAACGAUGAACUUUACAUUCGACUUGGCGCCGACAACACAGUGAAUGGCAACGGAGCCGAGAUCGUUAUUUGUAUUGAUUAAAAGAGUUGGGGGUCAAAAACCCGAUUCUAUGUUUUUGCCACUUUAUGAACUGUGAAGUGAUUAUUGGUUUAUUGUUUUUCUUUUAUUUUGACCAGCUACAUAGUUUCGAAAAUGCAUUAAAUAAAUCCUUUGAAAAGUCCUGUUGCUAAGGAUUUGUCAAUCUGA